GUCACUGACCGUUUACACCAAAACACGCAACUCGCUCAUUUUCUCACCCGAGAAAAUUUCAUUUUCCCUCUUCCCAAACACGCAAAUUGAAAACGGUUACAGUUUCUUCUAGCUUCGGUAAUUUCAUUCAUCAACGAUUCCAGUUCCGUGUUGCAGAAAACGGUUUUGUCUACGGAAAUUGCUUGUGACAUGCAUUGAAGUUGAGUACUGGUUUUGGAAGGUCACACAACAUGGAUAUAGCUUUUAGCUUACCACGGUCAAAAGUGGUAUUCGAUGGCUUUGAUUCUUGCAUUGCAUUUGGCGGGAGAGGGUUUGGUUGUGCUUUUGUUGGAAACUCGAGAACGAUUUUGAAAGCUCGUUCAAGAAUGGUUUGUGUGGGAGAGUUUCGAGUUUCGAAUGUGAAGAGGGGUUUGUCUUGUAAGGUUAAUAACCUUUUUAGGGGGAAUAGGGGGAUUUGGUUGAAGUGUCAGGGUGAUGAUUCUUUAGGGUAUGUCAAUGGUAAUGGCAGGAAUGUUAAUUAUGUCAAAGGUAAUAAGGAUGAGGGCUCGGUUUCCGGUGCUGAAUUGAGUGAGUCUUUGGGAGGAGAAGAAGGGAAAGGAGAGAAGAAAGAAGUUGGGGUUGAAGUAGAAGUGGAGGUACAAAGUGUGGAUGAAUUGAAAGAGCUGUUGCAGAAGGCCUUGAAAGAAUUAGAAGCUUCUCGAGUAAAUAGCUUAAUGUUUGAGGAAAAGGUUAAGAAGAUAGCGGAAACUGCGAUUUCUUUCCAGGAUGAAGCCGCGCGUGCGUGGAAUGAUGUUAAUUCUACCCUUGAUAUCAUCCAAGAAAUUGUGAGUGAAGAAUUUGAUGCCAAAGAAGCUGUUCAUAAUGCUACGAUGGCGCUUUCUUUAGCUGAGGCGAGGCUUCAAGUAGCCGCUGAAUCUUUGAAGGUUGCGAAAGAUGUUUUCAGUUCCACGCAAGGCUCUAACGGGGGUGAUGGCGAUAAAGAUGAAAUGCAAGAGGAGAAAGAUCUCGUGGUUGCUCGGGAAGAUGUCAAGGAAUGUCAGACAAGUUUAGCGAAUUGUGAGGCAGAACUGAGGCGCGUCCAAAGUAGAAAGGAGGAGUUGCAGAAUGAAGUGAGCAACUUGCAUGAAAUGGCUGAAAAGGCACAGCUGAAUGCAGCGAAAGCGGAGAAGGAUGUCACAGACAUAAUGCAUUUGGCUGAGCAAACUGUUGCUAUGGAACUUGAGGCUGCACAGCGUGUGAAUGAUGCGGAGAUUGCAUUACUGAAAGCAGACAAGUUGGUCUCUAGUUUCAAUGCUGAUAAUACCGCAGAUACUGUACAAUUACAAGAUGUUGUGGCUGCUUCUGAGGAGGCGAAAGUGGUUCAACAUUUUUCUGUAGAUGAUGCUGUUAAAAGAGACCUUGGUUCCACAAGUGAUGAGGAGUCUUUGCUUGCCAUACAAUCACCAGAGACACUAUCUAAUAAAACCAGCCAAAUUUUGGAAGAUGUAACACAGUCUGAUUUAUUGAGUGAUAAUGAGAAUGGACAGCUAAGCUUGGACUCUUCUAAAGAAGCUGAAGUCGAAGUAGAGAAGUCAACGAAUGUAGUUCAAAUGAAAAAGCAGGAAACACAGAAAGAUUCUACUAGAGAUAACUCACCAAUUGCCCCCAAGACAUCAUUGAAGAAGUCCUCCCGAUUUUUUCCUGCAUCAUUCUUCUCUUGUACUGCAGAUGAGACUGAUUACACACCAGCAUCAAUUUUCCAUGGUCUUGUAGAGUCAGCACAGAAGCAGUUACCCAAGUUGGUUGUUGGGGUAUUGUUAAUUGGAGCAGGGAUUUCCUUUUAUGCCAAUAGAGCAGAGAGGAGCACACAGUUGCUACAGCAGCCAGAAGUCAUUGCAACCACUGUCGAAGAAGUUUCCUCAACUACAAAACCUCUGGUUAGACAACUUCAGAAAAUCCCCAAGAGAAUUCAGGAAAUUAUUGCGUCAUUACCUAAUCAAGAGGUGAAUGACGAGGAAGCCUCCCUCUUUGACAUGCUCUGGUUAUUACUUGCAAGUGUUAUAUUUGUGCCCAUAUUUCAAAAAAUUCCUGGAGGCAGUCCUGUUCUUGGUUACUUGGCUGCUGGUAUCUUGAUUGGACCUUAUGGUCUCUCCAUCAUUCGCAAUGUUCACGGGACAAAAGCAAUAGCUGAAUUUGGAGUUGUUUUCCUGUUAUUCAAUAUUGGCCUGGAGCUCUCUGUUGAAAGACUUAGUUCAAUGAAGAAAUAUGUCUUUGGAUUAGGCUCUGCUCAGGUUCUGUUGACUGCUGUAACUAUUGGCGUGCUGGCUCAUUAUGUUUGUGGCCAAGCUGGCCCCGCUGCUAUUGUCAUUGGGAAUGGCUUGGCACUAUCGUCGACUGCUGUUGUUCUGCAGGUGUUGCAAGAGAGAGGUGAAAGCACAUCACGUCAUGGACGGGCUGCAUUUUCAGUUUUACUUUUCCAGGAUUUGGCUGUUGUUGUCCUGCUAAUACUCAUACCUCUUAUUUCACCUAAUUCUUCCAAAGGAGGGGUUGGAUUUCAAGCCAUUGCAGAAGCUCUUGGUCUGGCUGCUGUUAAGGCAGCAGUUGCCAUCACUGCCAUAAUUGCAGGAGGACGAUUGCUCCUUCGACCUAUAUAUAAACAGAUUGCAGAAAAUCGAAAUGCAGAAAUAUUUUCUGCCAAUACACUAUUUGUUAUUCUCGGGACCAGCCUUUUCACAGCCAGGGCAGGACUUUCCAUGGCAUUGGGAGCAUUUUUGGCUGGUUUACUACUUGCGGAAACUGAAUUUUCCUUACAGGUCGAGUCUGAUAUUGCUCCAUACCGUGGCCUUCUAUUGGGCCUGUUCUUUAUGACGGUUGGAAUGUCAAUUGAUCCAAAACUUCUUCUCUCAAACUUUCCAGUCAUUUCAGGGACACUGGGACUCUUGAUAUUUGGAAAAACUAUCUUGGUUGCUUUGAUUGGCAGAAUAUUUGGCAUUUCACUAAUUUCUGCCGUUAGAGUUGGUCUUCUUCUUGCUCCUGGGGGAGAAUUUGCCUUUGUGGCUUUUGGUGAAGCUGUUAAUCAGGGCAUAAUGUCUUCUCAGUUGUCCUCUUUGCUGUUUCUUGUUGUCGGAAUUUCAAUGGCCCUCACGCCAUGGCUAGCUGCAGGCGGCCAGUUGAUUGCUUCCCGUUUUGAGCUGCAUGACGUUCGAAGUUUAUUACCCGUAGAAAGUGAGACAGAUGACUUGCAAGAUCAUAUCAUUAUUUGUGGAUUUGGACGAGUUGGCCAGAUCAUUGCACAACUUCUUUCUGAGCGACUUAUUCCUUUUGUCGCACUAGAUGUGAGAAGUGAAAGGGUAACAAUCGGUCGUUCCUUAGGUCUCCCUGUGUACUUCGGAGACGCUGGUAGUCGAGAGGUCCUACAUAAAAUUGGGGCUUCAAGAGCAAGUGCUGCAGCAGUUACUCUAGAUUCCCCUGGCGCAAAUUAUAGAACAGUUUGGGCUUUGAGCAAGCACUUCCCAAAAGUGAAGACUUUUGUUCGUGCUCAUGAUGUUGACCACGGAUUGAAUUUAGAAAAGGCUGGAGCUACAGCUGUGGUCCCUGAGACCUUGGAACCAAGUCUUCAACUAGCAGCUGCAGUGCUUGCUCAGGUUAAACUUCCUACAUCUGAGAUUGCAGCAACGAUAAAUGAAUUCAGAUCCCGCCAUCUGUCUGAACUCACAGAGCUAUCUGAAUCAAGUGGAGGUUCUCUUGGAUAUGGAUAUAGCAGUAUGAAGAAACCCAAAUCUCAAUCCCCAGAUUCAUUAGAUGAGACCCAAGUCUCUGAGGGAACAACAUGAAGAUCACCCCAUUUAUACAGAGAGGACGGCAAAAGAAAUCAUUGAAGUUAAGAAAAACAAUAAUUGUGAAAAUUUGUAUAGCAGAUAAGAUGUUCCAUAAUUGUGGACAUUGUUUCAUAUCAGAAAUUUUGAUUCAUCAUCCUUUCUCAUAUUCCUGAUCAAGAAGAUAUCCCUGUAACCCUGUUGUAUGUAACCCUGUUGUAUGUAGCAUUGAUAUUGUUUCAUAUUCUUUGGCUUUCAAAAAGCAAUUAAAGCAUGUAUAAGAUGGCUUCCUGAUUAAUUGAUCCCCCAUCUCUAAAGAUUGUUUGGUUUACUUAUUUAAUUAUUUAUUUGGUUAA